GACACUAGGAAUCUCGCGCCAGCACAACAGUGGUUUUUGGGCAAUCGCGACGUCAAUUUUAGCCGUUUCACGCCGUGAACGCUCCAAGUGGACCUUCAGUGCCAUAGCUCCGCAGCCCUGCCAGCAAACCGGACGUCUAGCGGCCCCCACAUCGCACAGACAGCGCAGCUGCCAAACGCAUUACGCCAGUCGGCGCGACACGGCAGGAUGGUCGUCGCCCCGCCCUCGCAAGCGUUGGACGCGCCAAACCUAUUAGCAGCGGCGACGAUGGUCGGCUUCCUCUACGUCGUCAAAAUCGUUUCACAAAUCGAGCGGCAGCAGACGGCCUGGAGCCCCUUCUGGCGCGACACCGCUGACGGAAGGGAGCCCAUCUAUCGGAGGAUGGUCGUGUUUGGUUCUUUAAUAGCGCUGGGCAUGGAAGCGCUGCAACACAUCGUCGAGCAGGGCGUCAAUUUUCAUUUCCGGAGGAAAAAAGAGUCGAAGCCAUUACCGCACAACCCGAACCAGCACCUGGACGAACUUGCGACGAUCGAUAAGGUCUUUAUCGGGUGCAACAAGCUGUUAACUGUCUUCUUCGUCUACCACCUGACGCAAGCUUCAUUGUUAUUCCAGCACGUCAAGUGGGGUCUCGACGAGUUCACCUUCAUGAACACGAUCGGUGCUUUGAUAUUGUUCUUCUUCAUCUACGACUUUGGGUACGCGACGUUCCACUGGAUUCUGCACUGGCCCUCGUUAUACCGAUUGGUCCACAUGCACCAUCAUAGACAGAUUUCACCAACAAGGGGAAAUUAUGAUGCCAUCAACGUGCACCCCUUCGAGUUUUUAGUUGGAGAGUACAACCACUUGUUUGUGGUCUGGCUCGUGCCGUGCCACGCCGCUACCAUACUCACGUUCCUGAUCUGCGGUGGUGUACUAGCAUCACUGAACCACACGCGCCUGGACCUCCAGAUCCCGGGCUUCUACGACGUGCGGAACCACGACGUGCACCACCGCUGGCCGCGGUCGAACUACGGCCAGUACACGAUGUUCUGGGACCGCGUCUUCGGCUGGUACCGCGACUACGCGCCACCCCAUUUACCGAAGAAGCCGUCGUCCAACCAACUGGCGGCCGAAGCGAGCAAGGCCAAGGUGCCGUAAUAUCUACUUUGUGUA